AUGUCUCGUCUGGAUCCAGAAGAUAUUAAAAAUGCUGCUGGAGAAAGAGACCGUGAACUCAAAAGAAAAAGAGUGAUCAAGUCUUUUCUGUGGUGGGCCCAGGGAGAGAAGCAGCGAUGGAAUUCAUAGAACAAUGAAGAACGUAUAGUAGUAAAGAGACAGUUUGCUUAUGGAAGAAUGCUGACGUUAUUCGGCCUUUUCACAAAUUUCGCAGUCUACAAUUGCUUCUUUACGGGUAUCUACAAUUUCAGGCAGACAGAAUUACUCGAUAUGAGGAGGGUUCCUUUCAUUGGCAAAUUCGCUCUCUCAUCGUUGGUUGCCUACUAUAUGUGCAGUAAACUCUGGGAAAAUAACAUCUAUGAGUCUGAAUUAUAUGAAGUUGCGCUUAAAUAUAGAGACAGAUAUGAUAAGUCAUUGAUGCCAAGUAUAAAUCAGUAAUCGAACAAUAGUAAUAUUGAGGAGUAAUCUAGCGUUAAUACAUCAGAGAACAAUAAAAAUUUGUAAAUAGCAUGA